AUAUGAAGUGUAACCAAGGCAGGGAGCCAUCAUUCUGUUCUACUGACGGACUCUUCGGAGAGAGAGAGAGAGAGAUGGUGUCGUACAUGAGCUUGUUGAGCUACGGCAUCGGCGGAAUAGUGGUGGCCGGAAUGGCGUUGCUGGUGGCGUUUCAGGAGAAGCUGGUUUACGUCCCCGUCUUACCCGGUCUCACCAAGUCCUAUCCCAUCACUCCCGGUCGUCUCCGCCUCCUUUUCGAGGACGUCUGGCUCACUUCCUCCGACGGCGUCCGCCUCCACUCCUGGCUCAUCAAGUUCUCUCCCGAUUGCACAGGCCCAACAAUUCUCUUUUUCCAAGAAAAUGCCGGAAAUAUUGCACAUCGCCUUGAGAUGGUGCGCAUUAUGUUACAAAAGCUGCAUUGCAAUGUUUUCAUGCUUUCUUACAGAGGUUAUGGUGCUAGUGAUGGCUAUCCUUCUCAACAAGGAAUAACUCGGGACGCACAGGCUGCUCUAGAUCAUUUGAGCCAGAGAACAGAUAUAGACACUUCUCAGAUAAUAGUGUUUGGAAGGUCUCUUGGUGGGGCCGUUGGUGCUGUGGUUACCAGAAAUAAUCCAGACAAGGUGGCUGCGUUAAUAUUGGAGAACACUUUUACGUCAAUUCUUGAUAUGGCUGGAGUUUUAUUACCUUUUUUAAAGUGGUUUAUUGGAGGGAGCACAUCUAAAGGCCCCAAAAUUCUUAAUUUUGUCGUUCGUUCACCUUGGAGCACCAUUGAUGUAGUUGGACAGAUUAAACAGCCAAUUCUUUUCCUUUCUGGACUAAGAGAUGAAAUGGUUCCGCCGUUUCACAUGGAGAUGCUAUACGCAAAAGCAGCUGCACAUAACAAAAAAUGCAUUUUUGUGGAUUUCCCAACUGGCAUGCAUAUGGACACGUGGCUGGCUGGUGGUGAUCAUUACUGGAAAACCGUGGGGACAUUUUUACAGCAAAAUGUUUUGGAAAAAGGGGAUGAAUCUCACCACAAUAAAAAUGAUUCUGAAUCCAGUGAUUGUGCAAGAUAAAGAUGAGUGGUAUUUUUCUUCUUUCCUGAUGACAAAUGCAGUGACCAAAUGCCGUUUGUAAUUGUGACGAACAGUAAAAACCGAGAAUGAUGCCAAAUCAGAAUAUACAUGAGAUUUUGUGGUCCUUUUUUUACUUACCAAAAAGGUCCUGACUAAUAACAUGGAGUAGUCAUUUGUUUGUAAGUAGGAUAAAUUCACCUGACACUUGUUUUGGAAUAUGCUUCUAGCUUCUUAAUUCAAAGAUUGUGUACUUCUAUCAUCAUAACUAAUAAGCCUAGGUGAUCCAAUCUU